CAUCCGCCAUGUCGACAACACCACCCUCCCAGCCUCAUCACCACGACGAAGACGCCCUGUACGCUCAGAAAGACACAAGCGAACUGCACGAUACCCCUGAAGAAAGGUGGACCGCAUUGGCCAAGAUCGUCAGGGAUGUUGGACCAAAUUUGUCCCCAGAUGAAGAGCUGGGCGAUCUGGCCGCGGCAGAGGCGGCAGUUAACGCCAAAGAUGCGGAAAGGAACGCAAUACUCGACAAGAUACGUGAUGAUCUUCGACAGCUGUCUCGCCAACUUAACCAAGCCGCUUCCGCCGCACAAAGGCCCCCUUCCCACCCCUCGCCUGAGGAGCACGAUGCUCACGUCAGAUCUCUGGAACAGCAGCAGUACUCGACUGGCAAACAACUGAAUGACGAGCAAGCUGCUGUGGCCAAGAAGGAGGUGGAACUGGGCAAAUGGAAGGCAUCCAAGGAGGAGAUAGGAAAAGUCGAGAUUGGUGAAGAUGCAGAGAGCUGGGCUGACGGGAAAGUGUCUGUCGCUUGGUCUGGACACGUAGUGUAUCGCUGACGGUGGGACAGUAUUCGCCUCAAGCUUUUCUCUGAGGCUGGUUUCUCGCUCGUCCCACCCAGAGAGGGCUCUUCCACAAGCAAGAUACUGAUCAGAAACGACGCCAAAGACGAUGUCCACUCGGUUGUCGUCGACAACUCCCGAUCCAAGGUCUAUACGGCCAAUCUCAUAUGGAACCUUGCUAGCGAAUAGCGCGGGCAUCUAGUGUAGUCUAAUGAUUUUGGUCAUCAUGUUCUUCGUUGUAUAGUAUGCAUGUAACUCGCCAUGUCUUUC